AUGGCACCGUACGUAAGAAGCACCGUCGAUCGUCUCGACAGACCUAGCGCCUACUUCUCGAGUCGCACGAAGAGACAAGGAAGGGAUCGUCGAGACCGCGACCGCGAUGGUGACGAGGACAUGAAGGAGCCGGAACAGCCUCCAGAAGACCCCCUCAAGGAUGCUGCGACGCUCUACGUCGGGAACCUAUCCUUCUACACAACCGAGGAGCAAGUAUAUGAGCUCUUUAGCAAGGUGGGCGAGAUCAAGCGCCUCGUGAUGGGCCUGGACCGAUUUACCAAGACGCCAUGCGGUUUCUGCUUCGUCGAGUACUACACACACCAGGACGCCCUCGAUUGCAUGAAGUACAUUGGCGGUACGAAGCUUGACGAGCGCAUCAUCCGUACCGAUCUAGACCCCGGCUUUGAAGAGGGUCGCCAGUACGGUCGCGGCAAAUCAGGCGGUCAAGUGCGCGAUGAGUACCGUGAAGACUACGACGAGGGGAGGGGUGGCCUCGGUCGAGCGCUGCAAGCGGAUAGAUUGAGGGACCAAGAGAGGGCAAGGGGCGAGGCGGACUACGGUAGGGGAGGUAGUGGAUGGGAUGAGAAAAAGGUUUCGUUUGUUCUCGCGGGUGAAAGAUGUGGCCGCGGCAUCCAGGGUCGCGACAACCUGGUCCACCGCGCGCAACCUCAUGCGCUGCCUCCUCUUCUGGAACUUGGACAGCCGCCAGGGAUCUUCCAGAGUAGGCCGCCCGAGAGCGGGGACGUCAUGCGGAAGGGGCCGAACAUUUCUGCGCACGCAAGACAACCCCUCUUCGAAUAUGAGUUCGGCACCUCGAAACAAGGGGGCGACGGCACCGCUCACUUUGGCGAGCAGCAAAAGCACAUGACCCAGCUCAUCAUACACAGCUCCCUCGACAUCGUAGAGGAAGCGCAAUGGUCUUCCGGCCAGAUGUACCUCAAGUGCAUCGACAAGUUUUUCAACAACUACAUCUCCUGCUUCAUAACCCCCAGCAACGCCAAGUUCCUCCUCCUCCACCAGCCCACCUCCCUCCCUACCGGCUCCGGUGCCGGCGGCGCGUCUGGCGCCUCCCUCGGUGCCUCUUCGACCCUCACACCGCCGCCCUCCUCCUCCUCUUCGCGCUCCUCCACCGCCAUCGGGGCGAACCCGACCAGCGCCGCGACCGAGGAGGCCAUCAAAAACUUCUUCACCGAGGUGUACGAAAACUGGAUAAAGGCUGUAAUGAACCCCUUUACCGGGCCAACAUGGAAGUCACGAGCCCCAUCUUUAGGCAAAGGGUCGCCGCCGCGGGAAGGAAAUAUCUAUAGUAGCGGCUUCGAGUAG